GGCUGGCCCGGGCAGAGCACGGGGCUGGCUUCGGGGGCAUCGAGACGGGGGCAGCCUCCUGUGGCACCUGGCGCCCCGGCGGGUCAGCCUGCUCCACCCCUUCGUGAGUGCUGAGGGGGAGGGGAGGGCGGCAGUUAACUGAAGAAUCUGAGGGGCCUGGCAGGGGCAGGGAAGCCGCCUGGUCCCUUCCAGAUGGGACCCUGGAGGCCCCGUCACCUGGACCCUGGCCGGGGACUCCAUGUGGGAGGCAGAGGCGAAGGUGUGCCCAAGAGGUCAGGGUCAGGAGCAGCUGAGCCUGGCUCCGCACGCAGGGGCCCCGGCUGCCAUCCUGGCACCCGAGCACAGAGCUGGGAGUAGCUCGAGGGCCACCUGCUGUGGCCCCAGUUAGGCAAGAAACAAAUGGGCCGGAGAUAGUACAUGGGCAGGACACGUGCGUUGCAUGCAGCUGGACCUGGGUGAAUCCCAGGCAUGGCACCCCGUAUGACACUGCGGCCCUGCCAGGAGGGACCCCUGAGGACUGCCAGGUAUGUCCCCGGGCUCCUCUGACCCCCUGGAAGAACCGAGCCGUCGUGUGGCAUCCCACAGGGAAUCCCGGCAGAGGCGGCUCUGCCCUGGGCUCGCAGCUGGCCUGAGCCACAGCAGGGUUAUCCUCAAGCGCGAGCACUUCUUCCUGAGAGCGUCCCGGGACAGGACUGUCCGGCUCCCAUCCUGGGUGGGUGCUGGCCCCCCAAGACAACCCCACCCGGAUGCCUGCAGCCUGUCCCUGAGCGCCUGUCCCUGUCACAGGUGCCUGCAGAUGCGAGGAAGGACUGUGUUCUUUUUUUCCCCUUUUGGUUUUGGAGCUACACUUUGCUGGUGCUCAGGGAUCAUCAUUCCUGCAGGGCCUGCAGCUGUCGCGGUGUCAGGGACUGAACCCAGGCCUGCUGCGUGCAAGGCAAGUGCCCACCCCCUACGGUGCCAGCAUGCAAAGCACAUGCUCCCGUGUGGCCACAUUCCCAGCCCUGGUGAAUCACUGUUUGGGUGCCACACCUAGAGGUGCUCAGGGCUUAAUCCUAGCGGUGCGGGGGUGUCCCUCCUGGCAGGCUCAGGGGCCAAGCCCAGGUCUGCGGUCCUGUCUCUCAGAGCCCCUGACGAAGGAUUCUGAUGAGGACAGUCUCCUGCGGGGGCCAGCCCUGGUGAGCAAGGUCGAAGCAGGGUUGCCGCAGACGGUUCAAACUCUGUGCCCAACAGCUUUCCGGGUCACUGUAUCCCUCGGGACUACACCGGAGGGGGCCAGAGGGGGACACAGGAAAGGGAGAGGAACGAGGGGGUCUCUGGACCCCUUGUGGAAUCUUUAGAAGGAACAGCCCCCCCUCCCGCCCCCGCUGUAAGAGAAUAAACAUGUGUCGCUUGAAACCCCUUGUCUCGGGUGGCAUGUCCACGCCACGGCCUCGGCGUGUGUGCAAGGUCCUAAGCGCCAGGUCCAGAGUUGCAGGGAGGGAGAAGGGGACGGCACUCGCACAAAGCAGGACCCCAAAUUGCCCCUGAGGGAUACACUUCUGCCUGGCCCCGCUGUCCCCGUGGGUGCAGAGGGAGGCCUGCCACCCGCCUGCCGCCAGCUCCGGCUCCCUGCUCCUCCGAGGCUGCCCUGCUGCCCUCUGGCUGGCUGCCAAGGUACCCGGAGGUAGAGCCCCGGAAGCAGGAAGCGCGUGCUCCUGAGGCCGGCACCCAGAGACUGGGGGUGCUGCGAGCCAGGUGGGUGGCUGGAGGGGCAGCUGAGGGCAGGUGAGGGGCUGCCGGGGCCGGGCGCUGGUGGGCUGGGCAGACCGAAAGGGACCUGAGCUGCAUCCUGGGGCAGGGGCAGGCGACUCCCCGCACACUCCGGCCAAGAUGGGGGACCUGGAGGCCACGGCCCAGGACGUGCUGGAGACGCUGAGGACCAAAGAGCUGUUCCAGACGCCCUGGGACAAGGCGGCCUUUGUCAUCUUCCUCAUCUUCACCUGCACGGUGCUGCUGCUGCUGCUGCUGGUUCUGAUCCGCUGUUGUUGCUGCUGCUGCUGCUGCUGCCGCCGCCAACCCAGACAGCAGCAGGUGAGCCCAGUGGGGCGGGGGCGGGGGCCGGGGCGGGGGCGGCCCUGCGGGGGGCGGGUGGGGGGCGCGCAUGCCCACCUGGCCUUUCUCCGCUUCUCUUGCAGAAGCAGCAGUGGGGCGUGGACAACCUGGCCAUGGAGCCUUAGCCCGGCGCAGCCCCGGCCCCUCCGUGCCCCUGCCCCGUCCCGCGGGCGCGGGAACCAUCAACAACGCUGGCCUGCUCUGAGCCCGUCUGCUCCGUGUGUCUCUGCACGUGUGUGCAUGGGGGGCACAGCCCUGGCUGGCUCCUGGGAGGGCCCGCGGUCUCCGCGUGGGGAGGGGAAGCUGUGAGGUCCCACUCA